UAAAAGUCCAAUUUCCUAUUAUCUGGAAUCAGAAUUUCAAUAUGAUUUUUCUUUUCUGGUAACACCUCCUGGAAGCUGGCAACAUUCUCGCUGUCUCCGUUUCAGCAAAAUGUGGGUCCCUAACAUGCCCGUAACCAUCGUCAGUGCGAUAGCGGCCGGCGCCGGCGCAAUCUGCAUAUUCAAAGACCUGUAUGGCGGCACCCCGUACGACAGAGCUGCGCGGGCGCACAACAAGACUAUUGUGAUCACAGGCGCCAAUGAUGGCAUCGGCAACGCUGCUGCUUGGGACUUCGCCAGAAGAGGCGCUAAGGUGUUCAUGGCGUGUCGGGAUAUGGAAAAGUGCGAGGCAUCCCGCAAAGAAAUCGUGUUGGAGACAGGGAACAAAUAUGUGUACUGUCGACCUUGCGACCUGGCUUCGUUGGAUUCCGUCAGGCAGUUCGUUGAGAGGUUCAAAACCGAAGAGCCCCGCAUCGACGCCCUGGUGACCAACGCGGCGGUCAUGGAGCCCCCGGUGACGGUCACCAGAGACGGGUUCGAGGCCCAUUUGGGCAUCAAUCAUUUAGGCCACUUCCUGCUUACCAAUCUGCUGCUGGAUACUUUGAAGGCCUCGGCCCCCAGUCGGGUAAUAGUUGUAACCUGCAGCGGGCACAAAAGCGGGAAACUAAACAAGGACAACCUCAACCUCACGGGCGAGUACUCCGGCUCAGCCGCGUACGCGCAGAGCAAGCUCGCCAACUUGCUGUUCGCUAGCGAAUUAGCUAAGAGGACGUUGGGUACAGGGGUAGCCGUGGUGGCCGUGGACCCGGGGCUGACCGACACAAACCUGAGCCGGCAUCUCCCGAUGUCCAAGAGCUGGUCGCGGUACAUCAUCUACCCCCUAUUCUACCCCAUCAUGAAAACCCCCAAAAUCGGGGCUCAGGUCAUAGUGCACGCUGCGUUGGACCCCAAACUUCAAAAAUGCGUAGGAGAUUACUAUGUCCAGAUGAUGAGAGCCGAGCCAUCAGAAGAAGCGCAGAACUUCGAGCUGGCCCACUGGCUGUGGAAGGUCAGCGAGAAGUGGACGAGAUUAGACCAGCACAGAGCUGAGUUAGCCAAGGCAGCAUAGACAACACUAGUUUUUAAAGCGACAUAAACAAGGACUGUGAACUAUAGACAAGUGGCGAGCGUAGCCACAUGAGAUAGAAAUACAGCACAAUACAGCUGUUUUUAGGAAAAUACACAACGUUUACUCUAUACAUCCUUACCCUGGACUUAGUAAAAGCCAGUACGCAAAGAUCCGCUCUGUCCCGUUUCUUUUAAGUCUCUUCUUUUAUGUAGAAAACACGAUGUCUGUAGUUUUCUCUGUCUUCUAGUUUAUGAAGCGGCACAGACAAAGGACAGUGUAGUUUAAGACAAUGUUUUCUCAAAACAGUGUUUUAGAAAUAUAGUUAAUAUUGUUUGUGCAAUGGAUAUUUUGUGAUUUUAUGAUUCAGUGAUGCAUUUUUUGAAGACGGUGUGCAUUUGUAACUGUUAAUUAGUUUGUUAUUAAUAAAUUAGUUUCAUGUAAAAAAAAAA